UCCAUCAGCAAGCACACACAGCUCAGCCCCACGGACGCCUUCGGCACCAUCGAGUUCCAGGGAGGGGGACACUCCAACAAAGCCAUGUACGUGCGGGUGUCUUACGACACCAAGCCAGACCUGCUGCUCCACCUCAUGACCAAGGAGUGGCAGCUGGAGCUCCCCAAGCUGCUCAUCUCCGUCCACGGGGGCCUCCAGAACUUCGAGCUGCAGCCCAAGCUCAAGCAGGUCUUCGGCAAGGGCCUCAUCAAGGCAGCGAUGACCACCGGAGCCUGGAUCUUCACCGGAGGGGUCAACACAGGAGUGAUACGCCAUGUGGGGGAUGCGCUGAAAGACCACGCCUCCAAGUCGAGGGGCAAGAUCUGUACCAUCGGCAUCGCUCCCUGGGGGAUAGUCGAGAACCAGGAGGAUCUAGUGGGGAAAGAUGUGGUGCGGCCGUACCAGACCAUGUCCAACCCCCUGAGCAAGCUGACAGUGCUCAACAGCCUCCACUCCCACUUCAUCCUGGCGGACAACGGCACCACGGGGAAGUACGGCGCCGAGGUGAAGCUAAGGCGGCAGCUGGAGAAGCACAUCUCCCUGCAGAAGAUCAACACGCGGAUCGGGCAGGGCGUGCCGGUGGUGGCCCUCAUCGUGGAGGGGGGCCCCAACGUGAUCUCCAUCGUGCUGGAGUACCUGCGGGACACGCCCCCGGUGCCCGUGGUGGUGUGCGAUGGCAGCGGCCGGGCCUCCGACAUCCUGGCCUUCGGACACAAGUACUCAGAGGAGGGAGGCCUAAUUAAUGAGUCUCUGAGAGACCAGUUGCUGGUGACCAUCCAGAAAACCUUCACCUACAGCCGGACGCAAGCACAGCACCUCUUCAUCAUCCUCAUGGAGUGUAUGAAGAAGAAGGAGCUGAUAACUGUUUUCAGAAUGGGGUCCGAUGGUCAUCAAGAUAUUGACCUUGCAAUCCUCACUGCACUGCUCAAAGGUGCUAAUGCGUCGGCCCCGGACCAGCUGAGUCUGGCUCUGGCCUGGAACCGGGUGGACAUCGCCCGCAGCCAGAUCUUCAUCUACGGACAACAGUGGCCAGUGGGCUCCCUGGAGCAGUCCAUGCUGGAUGCCCUGGUGCUGGACAGAGUGGACUUUGUCAAGCUGCUGAUCGAGAACGGAGUCAGCAUGCACCGCUUCCUCACCCUGUCCCGCCUGGAGGAGCUCUACAACACGAGACACGGACCAUCCAACACCCUCUCCCACCUCGUCAGAGAUGUCAAAAAGGGAAACCUGCCCCCGGACUACCGCAUCAGCCUCAUCGACAUCGGCCUGGUGAUUGAAUACCUAAUGGGCGGAGCUUACCGCUGCAACUACACCAGGAAGAGGUUCAGGACUCUGUACCACAAUCUGUUUGGUCCCAAGAGAGACGACAUGCCGAUACGCCGCGGCCGGCAGAAGACCACCCGCAAGCGGGAGGAGGAGGUGGACAUCGACCUGGACGACCCGGAGAUCAACCACUUCCCCUUCCCCUUCCACGAGCUCAUGGUGUGGGCCGUGCUCAUGAAGCGCCAGAAGAUGGCGCUCUUCUUCUGGCAGCACGGCGAGGAGGCCAUGGCCAAGGCCCUGGUGGCCUGCAAGCUGUGCAAAGCCAUGGCCCACGAGGCGUCGGAGAACGACAUGGUGGACGACAUCUCCCAGGAGCUCAACCAUAACUCCAGAGAGUUCGCCCAGCUGGCCGUGGAGCUUCUGGACCAGUCCUACAAGCAGGACGAGCAGAUGGCCAUGAAGCUGCUCACGUACGAGCUGAAGAACUGGAGCAACGCCACCUGCCUGCAGCUGGCGGUGGCGGCCAAGCACCGGGACUUCAUCGCUCACACGUGCAGCCAGAUGCUGCUGACCGACAUGUGGAUGGGACGCCUACGUAUGCGCAAGAACUCGGGCUUGAAGGUCAUCCUGGGCCUGCUGCUGCCGCCGUCCAUCCUUAGCCUGGAGUUCAAGAACAAGGACGAGAUGUCCUACAUGCCCCAGGACCAGCAGGAGUCCUUCCUGCAGGAGAAGGAGGAGGAGGAGCCCGAGAAGCCCGCCAAGGAGAAGGAAGAGGAGGACAUGGAGUUCACAGUAAGGUCAUACUGUGAGGCGCAGUACAACUCCGUGGCCAUGCUGGGUAAGGUCGCCACGGAGACGUCGAGGAAGAAGGACGUGGAGGAGGUGCAGAAGCGACAUCGGCUUAUCCCCAUGGGCCGCAAGAUCUAUGAGUUCUACAACGCCCCCAUCGUCAAGUUCUGGUUCCACACGAUGGCGUACGUGGCCUACCUGAUGCUGUUCAACUACAUCGUUCUGGUGAAGAUGGACCUGUGGCCGUCUCCCCAGGAAUGGAUUGUCAUCGCAUACAUCUUCACCAACGGCAUCGAGAAGAUGAGAGAGAUCCUGAUGUCGGAGCCGGGGAAGCUGCUGCAGAAGGUGAAGGUGUGGCUGCAGGAGUACUGGAACAUCACCGACCUCAUGGCCAUCCUCAUCUUCUCCGUGGGCAUGGUGCUGCGGCUGCAGGAGCCGCCCUUCAUGAGCUACGGCCGGGUCAUCUACUGCGUCAACAUCAUCUACUGGUACAUCCGGCUGCUGGACAUCUUCGGGGUCAACAAGUACCUGGGGCCCUACGUCAUGAUGAUCGGCAAGAUGAUGAUCGACAUGAUGUACUUUGUGAUCAUCAUGCUGGUGGUGCUGAUGAGUUUCGGGGUGGCGCGUCAGGCCAUCUUAAACCCCAACGAGGACCCCUCCUGGAUGCUGGCCCGCAACAUCUUCUUCAUGCCCUACUGGAUGAUCUACGGGGAGGUGUUUGCCGAUCAGAUUGACCCCCCAUGUGGCAUCAACAUCACGACGGACGACGGCGGGGUGGUGAGGCUGCCGCCCUGUAAGACGGGCGCCUGGAUCGUCCCCGCCAUCAUGGCCUGCUACCUGCUGGUGGCCAACAUACUGCUGGUUAACCUGCUCAUCGCCGUCUUCAACAACACGUUCUUCGAAGUGAAGUCUAUCUCCAACCAGGUGUGGAAGUUCCAGCGCUACCAGCUGAUCAUGACCUUCCACGAGCGGCCCGUCCUGCCCCCACCGCUCAUCAUCUUCAGUCACAUGACCAUGGUACUCAAGCACCUGUGCUGCCGCUGGCGCAAGCACGACGACGACGAGCGCGACUACGGCCUGAAGCUCUUCAUCACGGAGGACGAGCUGAAGAAGGUCCAUGACUUCGAGGAGCAGUGCAUCGAGGAGUACUUCAGGGAGAAGGACGACCGCUUCAACUCCUCCAACGACGAGAGGAUCCGAGUCACUUCCGAGAGGGUGGAGAACAUGGCGAUGCGUCUGGAGGAGGUGAACGAGCGCGAGCACUUCAUGAAGGCGUCGCUGCAGACGGUGGACGUCCGGCUGGCGCAGAUGGAGGAGCUGAUCGCGCGCAUCGCCGUGGCGCUGGAGCGCGUGACGGGCGUGGAGCGCGGCGAGGUCAACAAGGUGCGCUCCCGCACCUCGUCCGACUGCACCGACUCGGCCUACGCCCUGCGGCACGCCGAGGGCCCCGACACCGGGUACAUCCUGCGGCAGAGCAGCUUCAACAGCACGGACGGCAACGCCUACCGCCUGCAGGAGGCGCUGGAGGGCGGCGGCGAGGGCUCCCUGUCCCCGCCCUCGCCCACCGCCGCCGCCACGCGCACCCGGAGCCACUCCUUCUACGUGGGCGGGGGGCGCGGCAGCGGCGGCGAGCCGCAGCACCGCGGGGGCGGGGCCUCAAGGCGCGUCGAGGGCUUCUUCAAGGAGCGCUCGCUGAGCCUGCACCGCGCCAACAGCUCGCAGUCCGUGUCCUCGGGCGCCGCCCCCAGGGACUCCAAGCCCCUCCCCCUGGCCACGCUGUCGGUGUCCCAGCAGCACCGGCCGUCCUCCUGCAUCGACAUCUACGUGUCGGCCUCGGAGGAGGUGGGGCCCGGCGAGGUGUUCCUGGACCCCCUGCGGACGGCCCCGCCCCUCCGCCGGAACUCCUCCCUCCACUCCGAGAUCAUGGAGGCGGUGUUGUCGGGGGGCAGUGACUACGGCGGCGGUGGCGGCGUGGGAGAGAGGUCCUCGGAGUGCGGGGCCGGCAGCAGCGGCUGUGGGACGGUCGCCACGGGGACGGGCACCGCCUUCGAGGACAGCGCCGCCGCCGACCUGUCCCUGAGCUCCGCCCACCUCCUGCCGGACUCCUCCUCCCUGCCGCCGUGGGAGAUGGACCCGUCGCCGCCGCCAUCGGCCGGGAUGCUGGAGCGCUCCAAGAGCAGCCGCUACCUGUCGGCGGGGGGCGGCGGGGGAUUCCUGGACGAGCCCCAGCUGGUCAAGUCCCACAGCCUUAUGUUCAACCCACGCGGCGUGUACGGCGGCCUGGGCGCCGGCGUGCAGGUGAAGGCGGCCGAGUACACCAGCAUCACGGACUGCAUCGACACGCGCUGCGUCUCCUCGCCCUACGCCCCCGCCGAGCGCGCCCACUCCCCGGGCGUCUCCACCUCCUUCCCCUUCGACAAGCCCGCCCCGGACGGGGGCUCCUCGCACCCCGAGCGCGAGGCUGAGCUGAGCCAGACGGAGUCUGACCCCGAGGACCCCGAGGAGCUGUUGGGGGUCCCCUCCACCCCCCGCCCCGGGCGGCCCUGCGGGUCGCCCCUCUACCCGCCCUCCUCCCGGCAGGAGCGGGCCAACAGCUGCUCCUCGGAUGACUCGCACCCCGCCCUGAGCCUGGCCCCCCAGCACAGGAAGAGCCUGUCGGUGAGCGAGAGGAUGGAGCGGGGCGCGGGCCCCGGGGCCGACCGGGGGCCCGCAGGCCGGGGGCCGGCGGGGGCCCGGAACCCCUUCCUCAGGAGCAAGUCCGGGGCCCGCCCGGAGCCCGGCAAGACUGACAGCCUGUCCAUGAGGAAGCUGGCCACGCCCUCGGCGUUCCGCAGCUUCGACAGACAGAACUACACGUGACAACGGGAACGCCGGUCAGCGCAAGAACACACAUACACACAUUCACAGGACCAGGGAGGGUAAAGGUCA